AUGAGCAAGAAGUGCAACCUGGUAAUAUCUGUAACCGAACCGAAUUCAACUUUGAAGAGCCCACAGUGGAACAUCAUAGAGCUGCGGCGUCAUUAUAUGAAUGCAUCUCUAAUGGAAUUUGUAAGAUCGGAAGUAGCUUCACGUGUUCAGUACUUCCGGAAUGCUGGAAUGCUGGACAUGUCCGACCCUGUCUUAGAAAUGAAGCUUACGGGAAUUACCAACUUCCUUAUGGCAGAGAUUCAAUGCGCAAAAUUGGAUCGCUACAUAAGGAUCGCCGAAGUAACGGAACGCAAAAAUGACCCGAUUAGCAAACCGUUAAUUGCAGUUCAAAAUUGUACCAGGCAGUGGAAGAUGGAAGGGCCAGACCCUUUUGUUACAAUAGCUCUUCAAGAAAUGGUGGCGAAUUAUCAGCCAAAAGAAUGUAGUUCCUCUUUCCAAGCGUUUGCAGCACUCUACCGCUACGUCCUUACGCGGAUCACGGAGCCUCCUCAGAAAAUACAGGAGUAUGCGGUAAGGAUCAACGGACGCUGUGGAAGGAACGAAAAUUUGUUAGGACUCCCAGCAUGCAUAGAAAAUCUGCUCCUAGAUUUUGGAGAAGACAUGAUCGGAUACGGGCAAAAUGAGCUCAAGGCUGGCGUUGUCAUCAAUCCGAUGCAGUCUAGUUUUUUCAUGAGGCUGGGGAACACGCAUGAAGAAAGAGAAUGCGCUCUACAGCAGCUUACACAGGAGCGAGUUGUAUUUAGGAAGGAGCUCUUCAAAGGUCUUCAGCUCGCACUGAGAGAUGUGCGCUCCUACACGUACGACGUUCAGAGAAAGCAAUGGAUGCCAAGCGCUAGGAAAGCAAAACGCUCGAGGAUGGACUCAACAGGAGAAGGAAAUGAGGAUCCAGCAACUUUUAUGCCGUAA